AAAAUCAUGACUACUGACAACUAUUUUUAAUUUGUUGUCAGUACCUUUUUGUAAAGUAACAUUUCCUAUUUGCAUUCAGUAAGAUACUGUAGUUUACUGACAACUCUGCUAUGUACCAGGAUAUCCGUGCAAUACUGAUGAAAGCACCACAUGGACCCUCCAUUGUGGAGAGUCUAGAGAGUAAUAAAAUUACCACCAAGCAAAGGCGUGCAAUGGUGCGAAUUACUGUUUCUUAUCUUAUUGAGAAAUAUGGCGAAACACCAUCAACAGAGACCAAAAAGGCAAUGGCCAUGUCUCUAGUAGAGACAUUUCCCUGUCUCCGUGACCCUGAAGGAAAUGGCUUUGAGGCCUGGUUCAGCCAGGGGCGAAAACACAGGCCUUCCACAGGAUUUCUUGAGGAACGCCUUCGCAGUAUAAGAAAGAGGAUGCGGAGAUUAAGAACACAGCCCUCCGUAGUGCCUGUCUGUGAGGAGAGGUUGACUUUCAUUCCUACAUCAACUUUGUCUUCUGAGAGAGCAAUUCAGUUAAAAGAAUGGCUAAAAAACAAUACCAGACCACAGGACCAGGCUGAGCAGUAUAUGAAAGCAACUGCUCUUUUUAGGGCUCACUGGAUUCGCCAGAACAGCUCCAAACCAAUAUCUGAGAUUUUAUCAGAGUUCCCUCGUCUAAUGGAUACCCCAGGCAUGAUAUCUCAAGACUUUAGUGUACUUCACCCUGAUGCUGCUGACAAAUUGUGCUCAUCCUGGUUGCCUGACUUUGCUGACAAGAUCCUGGCCUUUGCUAAAAGAGAUGGACGACAAAUGGAUUUACUGAAUUUAGACAACAUGUCUGCAGAUACCAAAGGCACCAUGGCACUGAAAAUUUUACCUCAGAUCAUUCCACCAUCAGUGUACAAGAUUGGCAACAAAACCUUCCGGCCAACUAUUGAGGAAGCCAGAACCUCUUUCACUGAUGUACAACCAUCUGGAACCAACAUGGUGCAGUACCUACUAAAACAGAGGGAGGAGAAGCCCUUCCCAUUUGUCUUAGAACUUGGAGUUGGUGGACAGUUUUUUGUGGUGGUGAAUGGGGAAGCCCUAGAAGAGCAGACUCUCCUCAAGGCAGUAGAUGUUUGUUUUAAGUCCUUUUUUUGCUUUGACACCCACUUUCCAAAACAGUGUGCCCUUGCCUGGGAGUUUUUGCAGCAGGUAGUUUAUGAGAUGCCUGGUUCCGAAAAUUCAACAAUUCGCUUUUUGCGUGCCUCCAUUUAUGCUGCUGAGGACUAAAUUGUUUAUUAAACUAAAUAAUGCAGGUAUUUUGUAUCCAUGUAU